CUCGCGCGCGCGCGCGGGUCCGAGGCGUUGCUCGGGUUCGAGCCGAGGCCGCUUGUAUAACGGCUGGAACCGGACGCUCACUUCAGGUUGACGCGAGAAGGCCGUUAUUUUGCCUCAAGUGCUUUGAAGUGACGCCUGCCUUUCAGUCACGCGCAUGCUUUUACCCGAAGAGUUUGAUUUCUCACAUAACACAGUUCGAAUGUGACUUAAGUCAAAUGAACACCUUUCCUCCCGCUCAGUUAAUACUGGGCUGUUUACAUGUUCUUCAUAGGGCCCGUUGAUGCAGGAAUCCCAAAGCGGGUCUCGCAGCAAAGCAUACCUCUCCUCAGUAGAAUGGGAAAUAACGAAAUCCCAGAAGAAUGACGAGUGUUAGCCAUAGUGACAUUUCUUUUUACAGAGCAAACAAAACACCCACACCCACACACCGUAAAGGGUGGAAGGAGACUUGUGUAAUUUCGAGAUGAUCUGGAAAGGAAAGAGGAAAAUGUUGUCAGGCACUAUUUGUCAGCACCCAAAAGACGACACUCAUCAAUAAUUUCUCCAUGAUAUUAUAAAGAGUUGAUAUAACAAUGGUACUAAUAAUGUUGGGACGCAGAUUGAACAGAGGGGAGAGCCGAGCUCAGGAAUCCCCGGUCACGAAGCGUAAAGUUUUUGAAAUGGACCCAAAGUCUUUAUCAGGCCACGAGUUCUUUGAUUUCUCUUCUGGCUCAUCCCAUGCUGAAAGCAUACUGCAAAUCUUCAAUGAAUUUCGCGACAGCCGCUUGUUCACAGAUGUAAUAAUCUGUGUUGAAGGCAGGGAAUUUCCUUGUCAUCGAGCUGUUCUUUCAGCGUGCAGCAGCUACUUCCGAGCUAUGUUUUGCAACGAUCACCGAGAAAGCAGGGAGAUGUUGGUAGAAAUCAAUGGAAUUUUUGCGGAAGCUAUGGAUUGUUUUUUACAAUAUGUGUAUACAGGCAAGGUUAAAAUCACAACAGAUAAUGUGCAGUACCUCUUUGAAACAUCAAGUCUCUUCCAGAUAAGUGUUCUGCGUGAUGCUUGCGCUAAGUUCCUGGAAGAGCAACUGGAUCCUUGCAACUGCCUAGGAAUCCAGCGUUUUGCCGAUACACAUUCACUGAAAACACUAUUUACCAAAUGCAGAAAUUUUGCACUGCAGAAUUUUGAGGAUGUGGCCCAGCAUGAAGAAUUUCUUGAACUUGGAAAAGAUGAACUCAUUGAUUAUAUUUGCAGCGAUGAACUGGUAAUUGGUAAAGAAGAAAUGGUUUUUGAAGCCGUUAUGCGCUGGGUUUAUCGGGCUGUUGAACUCAGACGCUCAGUGCUACAGGAAAUUCUCACACAUGUGAGAUUGCCCUUGUUACACCCCAACUACUUUGUUCAGACAGUGGAAGUGGACCAGUUGAUCCAAAACUCUCCUGACUGCUAUCAGCUGCUGCAUGAAGCAAGACGGUACCACGUACUUGGAAACGAAAUGAUGUCCCCAAGAACUCGGCCACGGAGGUCAACUGGCUAUUCUGAAGUGAUAGUUGUUGUUGGAGGCUGCGAAAGAGUUGGGGGAUUUAAUUUGCCCUAUACAGAAUGUUACGACCCCAUGACAGGAGAGUGGAAAUCACUGGCUAAAUUACCAGAAUUUACAAAGUCUGAGUAUGCAGUUUGUGCUUUGAGGAAUGAUAUCCUCGUUUCAGGUGGAAGAAUCAACAGCCGUGAUGUGUGGAUUUAUAAUUCUCAGCUUAACAUUUGGAUCAGAGUUGCCUCUCUAAAUAAAGGGAGAUGGCGUCAUAAGAUGGCUGUUCUUCUUGGUAAAGUAUAUGUGGUUGGAGGAUACGACGGACAAAGCCGACUGAGCAGCGUAGAAUGUUAUGACUCAUUUUCCAAUCGAUGGACAGAGGUAGCAUCUCUUAAAGAAGCAGUGAGUUCUCCUGCAGUUACCAGCUGCGUGGGCAAACUGUUUGUGAUAGGCGGAGGUCCUGAUGACAACACAUGCUCUGAUAAGGUUCAAUCUUACGAUCCUGAUACUAAUUCUUGGCUACUCCGUGCAACAAUCCCCAUUGCAAAGAGAUGUAUAACAGCUGUAUCACUAAACAAUCUCAUCUAUGUUGCGGGAGGGCUCACAAAGGCAAUUUAUUGCUAUGAUCCAGUUGAAGAUUAUUGGAUGCAUGUGCAGAAUACAUUCAGUCGACAGGAAAACUGUGGCAUGUCUGUGUGUAAUGGCAAAAUCUACAUCCUUGGUGGGAGGCGAGAAAAUGGAGAAGCUACAGAUACCAUUCUUUGUUAUGAUCCUGCCACCAGCAUCAUCACAGGAGUAGCAGCAAUGCCCAGGCCAGUCUCAUACCAUGGCUGUGUGACUAUUCACAGAUACAAUGAAAAGCACUUUAAACUCUAAAAAAGAGGAGAGUCUGUAAAUACAAAUGAGUGGCAUAUUACAAUCAGGAUUUGAAAGCUGCCUUUUCCAAAGUAUCAUCUGCAAAGAUAAAAGAUUGUACUUUUUGCUUUUACAAUUUUGAAAGUGAUUCCGAAUGUAAUUGUUAAAUGUUUUCAAUAACCACAGUUCAGUAAUUUUUCCCAGAGCAAUCCUAACCCUUGAUCUGUACUGCUGGUGGGGUAAAAGAUGGGCUCCCUCUGUUGGAAUCAGCUGGCACCGGGCUCUGCUGCCACAAUGUCCCCCAUUGUGCCCACUGAAAGUGCAACAGAGCAACACUAACACAGGCAGUGACUGCCAUAAGAACCCAAAAUGGGUAUGGCGGAACAGGGCCAGCAAUGGAUCUGCUAAAUCCAAAGCAGAUCCAUUUCAUGGCAAGGAGCCUGAUUUGGGCUUCUCAGCUACAUGAACAUGGAGCUAGUGGAGCAAGAAUGUUGGAAACUACUAUCCCUGCUUUCUCCCCCUUGUCAGCCCAAGUGCAGAUGUCGUAGUGACUCUUCUGUUCCACCCUGCUGUACCCUGGCCACAGUUAGGAUUGCUCUGUCGUAACAUGUUCUGGUUUGAAAACUGUAUCAAUUUACAUUAGUAAUUAGAUCUUGUUCACUUCUAUGUUAUCUGUAAAACAAAACACCUUGGAUUGUGAGUGUAUAGCAGUGCCUUUGGAAGUAUUCAUCCCUAUUUUAUAUGAAGCAUUAUCUGCAUAUUUUCAUACCUUAUUUGUGGUAAGCACUGUUAACAACUUUACUGUUGCAAGUAUGUGGGCGUUAGAAUUGGAAUAAUGUCUGAAGAUCUAAAUAGCUUCAAAAUAUUGCAUUGGCCUUUGGUAACACGAUAGACCCCUCAUCAGUGAGCAGUGUAUGCACAAGGACAUUCAGUGAGGUAAGCACACACAAAUCACACAUGGUUAUUUGAAUAUAAUCAUGGGAUUGCUUUAAAACUUGCUUCUACACCAAGUCUGAGAAGCUAAUGAUUCUCCCUUGAGUGUACAGAAUUCCCACUUGAAGGCUAUCUGAGCUCAAAUCACAAGUACCCACUAGAAAUGUUCUGUAGAACUUACGAAGAUUUUCUCUGAUUAAGAUUAAAUUUGUGCUCAUGUUCAGUAUUGUUUACUGUUCUCAGAUAGCAAGUCAAUAGAUCUUAGGGGUAGGGAGUUCUUGAUUGAUUAUGAUAAUACCUUUAGAACUAAUAAGUAAAAAAAAACCUGUUGAUUAAUACCAGGUUGUCUUAGUUUUAUUUUUUUAAUGGAAUAGGGCAGGCAAUGCAGCUAUUCUUGAAAAUUUGGCAGAGAUCCACACCUUGUGCUAUGAAUCAUCAUCUGAGUUACUAUAUUUUACUGUAGCACUCCUUAUACAGCAUAAGUAAACCUGUUAUACUUAUCCAUGUCUCCAUGAAAGAACUCUGUUAUACCUGGUCACUGAAUUAGUAAGUGAACAUGUAAUUGUCACUGCACUUAAUUUAUGCUGUAUUUUGUUAAUGAUCAGUGGCCUAUGAUAGACACAGCACAAUAUUUAAUUUGCUGCAAAUGAUAAAAAACUGACGCAGCUACACAGAGCUGACAAAAUUAAUUAUGCAAACAUGUCUAAUACAAGAAAAGUCCAUUAUGCCAUAUCAAACUGUAAUUUUAAUUUGUACUUUUAUGUCAGUUUCCUGAGCCUUACUUUGACAAGUUUCCUAACUCUAAUAUAUGACAAAGUUUGUACUCACAGUGUUUACGUUGCUCUGAAUACUAUUCUGUUUAGGACACUGCAUAUGAUGCUUAUGUAAGCCAAUCCAUACCCUCUCUUUUUUAUGCAUUUCCAUUUUACAUUGUCCAUCCAACGUAUACUAGCUUUAUGGGACUGCAAGGUUUAUUCUUUCUUAAAUUGACAUUUUAGUUUUAUGUAAAAAUAGAUUGUGAAGCAGUGAAUGAAACAAUGGUCCUUACAACUGCUUAAUCUGGCACAUUCCAAUGAAUGCAAUUAUUGAGCAGUAAGUCUGAGUUGUGUGGCCUUAGUAUCUCUUAUUUAAUAGAUCUGUUUUGUUAGGUGGUUGUUGAACCAAUUUUUGUUUUCAAAAAAAAUAUAGCUCAAAUGAUCCACUGAGUGCUUUCUCAUAUGAUAUGACUCUGUUGAGUCUUUCAUGUUCUGACUAUGGAUGCAACUACAUAGUAGUAUUAUUGCCUGUGCUUCUAUCAUUGAGUAGAUUGUGCUACUACUAUUUUCUAGAUGAAGCAUCUUAUAUAGUGAGUAUUCAAUAUUAGCUGUAUGAAUGAGCAAUACUGUAUCUUAACCAAAGAUUGCAUUUCUCUAAUCAAUAUUUCUUCUUCAAAAAAUGACAUAAAAAUUAAUGCAUGAAGUGUAUAUCACUUUGUAUGCUUCUAUAAAGAAAAAAAGGAUGAAGUGGAUCCUCAUGCCAUUAUUCUUUUGAAUGGGUAUACAUUUUAAAGAAGUAGUUCACAAGUGGCAGAUAUUAGACAAUUUACUGGAUGAUACCCAAUACCAAUUUUUUCAUGGCUACUCUUUUGAAGCCAACAUUAAGCUUGGCUCCCAUUGAUAUUGGGCCAUGCACAGACUACAAUGUCUGCAUUUUUCCUUUGCUGAUUUCUUUUGACUUUGGGUAACACCACAAUCACUGCAACCUUAGAACUUCAAGUUUAAACAAACUUAUCUGGGAAAAGGCCCCAUUUCUUUUGAAUAUACAGUACAUGUAUAGGAUUGCACUGCAAAUCAUCUGUGUAACAUCAAUUAUUUGAGACACUUAAAUGAUGCUAGUUUAAAAAACCUAUUUGUAGAUGCAAAUAAAUCCAACUGCUUUUAGCUAUUUGAAAAUGGUACUUACGUAUCUGCUUGUAGUUUGGCAUAUGUCAGGAUAAUCUUUGCUUUAUGAAGGAAAUUAACCUUCUUUACAAACUUUAUAUAUAGUUUAUUCUACCCUAAUUUACUUGCAUGCUCACUCUCCCUCCUUAGAGUCGACUUAAGUGGAAUUCACAUGGAAAAAUUGAUUAAGGGGGAAACAGCUGCAUGUUUUACAGUGAUUUGCAUCCUUCAGCAUGAAUCUUUAUGGAAUAUAUUAUUUCACUUUAACUCACCUAAGUUCACCUUUGCUGUACUGUGCUGGGUCCCUCUUUUUUUGACUAGCCUCUGGUCUGUGCUUUGAUGCUGCCACAUAGCUUAGCCUCCAGGCAACCUGAUACUCUGCAUCAGUGCCUUUUUUCUGGGGUUACACAAGGGUACGCAGUACCGGCACCUUUUUUUCUAGAAGAAAAGCACUAUUUAAAAGUGUGGCACUUACUGUAACAACUUAAUGGUGAGUACUGGCACCUUUUUUUUCUAAAAGAAAAGCACUGCUCUGCAUGUUUGUUCAGUCCCAAGAAGCAAAAGGGGGUGACUUCUCAUUUAAGGGAUUACAGCCUUACUAUACUAGCUGCAGCCUUGAUCCUCAAUCUGUGUUUACUGUGCCUUAAACCUGAUCCUGGUUGUGAUCCAGCUGUGGACACAAUAAGGCCAACCACUGCCUAAUUCUGAUUAAACCACAUUCAUUUGUGGAAUGGGCACACAAGUCAUCUGUAAACCUCAGUAGUUUAAUUGUAUUUUUGUAGCCUCAUCAAGCCUGCAGAUUCUACCUCCUCAGUCAUGCAAUCUGGGUGCAUAUCCCAUUCCUGGGAGAAAAUACAUUUGCUUUGACUUUUUCUUUCUCAACACUGCUUGCACUAGUAUUUUGACUUUUGAUAUGCAGAAGUAAAAUACAAAGUGGGGUAUUCAACUCCAAGUAGACACAUUGUAAUUAAUGAACAUGACUAAGUUAGGUCCGUUAAUUUCAAUAGGUCUAUUCUGAGUUUGCUUAUUUGAGUACCUUCCUAAAACUGGUGAAAAUAUGAUAAAACAAUGAAAGCAGAAUAUUUUACAUGAUGAAGCGAUCUCAGGAAUCACAUUUCAUUUUCUAAUUGAAAUCAAAUAUAUAUCUAAUCCAGUGAUAACAAGUAGAAAGUUACUGAUCCAAGUGUCCUAAGAAAGAAAAUAUUUGUGGAAAAGAAUGAGAUUUGGCAAACCAAAAGUUCUCAUUCCUAUGAAUAAGAACCAUUGCCAGACAACACUUGAAAUAUACUACACUUUGCUUUUGUACUCAUGUAGCGAAUAACUGUAUAGUCAUUGUCAGGAAAUAUGGCAAUUAACUAUGACCUAAUGAAGUUCUGGGUGUGUUUUUUUAUGUUGUACAGUACAUAUAUAAUGUUUGUGUUUACGGUUCCUUCUGAAUUGCAUGUAUAAAGUCAGGCCUGCUUUGUAAAUACACUCAGCUUUUUAUGGUUGUGAAGCACCAUCCCAGAUAUAUAUUGGAUUUCAUCUUGAAGUUGUUGGUUUUGGGUUGCUGGGUUUUUUUUUACCAUUUUAGAGGUCUUUUUCAGUUGAUUAAAGUUGAUACAGACAAUUAUCAGUAAACAGUUAACACAUAUAGUUAAAAUUGCAAUAUAUAUUUAGGCAAUAAUGCUUUUUUAAAAGUGAGCAAUUUAUUUACUAGACAAAAUAGAUUUACAGUGUAAGCCUAUAUGUGUCUAUGCAGAAGUAGGUUACUGAGUUCAAUGGGGCUUACUCCUAGCUAAGUAGGUAUAGGAUUGCAGCCUUAGUUUUAGCUAUAGCCCCUUGUGAGAAAACAGUUGCUGAACAUAUAACAUAGAAUCAUAUAUCUUGCAAAAGAUACCUGUUCAGCAACAUUUCUUGGACUCUUGUAAACAAACUUCAAGAGCAAUUCAAAAACUGACUUGUUGAAACAUAGGAAAAUGUUAUCUGCAUGCAAAAUGAAGAUAUCUAUUUGCAUUUGGUGAGCUCAAUAAAUAUUCACAGUGGUUUCAAAAAGUGAAAUGUAUUCAUAUUUGGUCACUGAGUUGUGCUUGCUGCAAUUUUUUAAACUUGCCCAAGAUUGUAUAUUAACACUACCAGUUGCAUGAAAGAAGUAGUGAAGGAAUGGGUGUUAACAAUUUUGAUAUUGAAAUGAAACAUUUGUUAAGGAUUUUGUUUUGAAAGAAUUUAGUUUUCUACCUGUGCUUCCAUUUCUCUAAAACUAGCAGACCAGGAAAUAACUUUGAUUUUAUUAUUGCAAUCUAAUCCUUAGAAAAACGGCAUUGUUUCAAUCAGCUUCUUUAAAAAUAUUGCACCCAAAAUUUGAGAUGAGUGCCUUCUAGACUUGCCUCCUUGGCAAGUCUAGUACAUUCUGUUUUACAUAAUAUCAUGUACACCGCAGGAAGGUAGACUCCAGACUUGUGAGAUGUACUGUACUUUGUUUUUACUAGAAUAUCAAGAUCCUUACACCACAGCCAGAUACAAGAUACAGUGAUAGUUUGGAAUGGGGCUAGUUUGAGAAAUGUACACCUAGAAUUAAGGAACAGGGCACCUUGAACACAUGCUCAGCCCCGUAAUUCGUUCUCAGUACCAGAACUGAACUCACUGUUUUUUCACAGAAAAUUCUAUGCCCAGUUUCCUCUAAAGCUUUCUUAUUCUUGACAGUCCAAUUUUGAAAGAGUGAAAAGCCUUCUAUGUUGGCGUUAUUACUAUUGAAAAGCAGAAAGCCUUGCUGAUAUACUGCAAAUAGUCAAGAGAUCUACUUGCAGAUCCUGAUCUAUUUCCAUAUCCAUCCAGAAACUCUCUCACUUUUAAGUAUCCUGAAAAGGUUGCUUUUGCAAGAUUUUCAGAUUUAGCAGUUUGACUUGGGUAUACGGUGAGUUAACUUGGUACGUUUCAAAUCAGAUUCUUACAUGAGAUUUGUCCUCCUAAUAUAAUUGAGAAGUACGUUGCUUAAUAUUUUUCUUACCAAUGAAAAACUCAAAUAGGCCAACAUUCCUUUUCAGUUCAGUUACAGCGCUUUCUGAAUACAGUAAUUAUGUCAGUACUGCAGGAUAAAUGGCAGCUAAACAUAUAAAACUCAUCAUGUGAAAUCUUACAGUUGUAACUCAAGGAUAUCAUCUAGUGACAGCAGUUUUAACAAUUAUCACUCAUUUAUGUGCUUUAUGAAUGCAUUGCCGUACCUAAGUCUGUUCUCAGAAUUAUGUUAACACUUAGUUUGUAUUCUUGUAAUACUCAAAUGAUUCAGACAAUAUUUUAACGUUUUGUGUAUGUAUUUAUAGGUAUGUGUGAUUUGUUCUUGUAAUCAUUUUAUAAUAUCAAAGAUGAUUAUUUAGAAAUUAUACAUUUAAAGCUACUGUGUAAUGAUAUGUAGCAGUAUUUAAGUGUGUGUGAAAAGCAUGUGAUUUUAGCUUCUUUUGUAUAAUUAAUCCAAAGAAUAGAGAAUCUGUAUGUUUGUAAACAAAUCUAUUCUUGGUGUAAUCUUUGCCAAAAACAUCAAAUUCUGAAUAAAUAUUGCUAAUUUGCAUAA